AUGGAGGACGGGAAAAUGAGCAGAAGUGCCCAGACGGAAUAUUUUCAACCAGUUAAUCUUACUUGUGACAGUAUUCAUUUAAAUAUUUCUGAAAAUUGGUCGAAAGUUCAAAGUAUACAUUGGAUGUUGCCUAGCGCCGAGCUCAUUACAGAAACGAAAGACAAAAUCAAAAUUGUAAAGGCAAAUGGAUUCCCGUAUUGGAUACAAAUAGAUCGAGUCGGCGAUGACAAUUUUGGUUACUACACUUGUAUAAUUGUCUACCAGCCACAAGGUAAAAUGACGUCGGAAGUACAGGUUGUUAGAUGGGGCCUCAAUAUCGAUGGACCAGAUUUCACCAAGCUUCGAGACCAGUACGCCGAUCAGGCUGUAGUUGGUGCCAUAGCAGCUGGUAUACUUCUUGGAAUAUUAGGAUUAUCAUGUGUUAUAUGGCACUAUCGCUACAAUGCCAGGAAAAGAAGAGACGGUUUAAAUAAGGGUGACUACGAACCAACAUCUCGGGUGUAUGAUAACUCUGCGUAUAACGACAUUGAAAUUGUUAAAAGUGAAAAGCCUUUGGAACAACCAAACGGUUCUUCUGCCCAAGACGCAACAGAUCAAAAGGAAAUAGAUGUCCAUAUGUAA